AACAUCAGUAACAGGGCCUGGGUUUAACUCGACAUCUGACGACAAAAGCAGGAUUCUAGCAAACUGAAUCCAUGAUGUCAAUACAUUCACUUGAAGAUGACAUCCAGGCAUAGGAGACAUCAUAAGCGACACGAGGAAUACGAUACUUACAGCAGUGACACUGAUUACUAUUCAGAAACCGACGAGAGAAGAAAAGCUUGUAUUAAAAGAACAAGCUCCCUGGGAGCACCAAGGGACAGACACGCCAAGCCGUGUCUUGUAAACCGAGCCCGAUCAGCGAGUUUUGAGAAUUCAAGUAACGAGGACGGUGAUGUGAGCUGCGUGUCGUCGGUCUGUUCUACACCUGGUCGGUCACGAAGAUCAUCUAGAAACACAGACAGUUUCAGUACGGAAGGUGCAGUGGGCUUUGAUGACGCCAUGGACGGAGACGACAGUAAGAUCAUCAUCAUCAACAACAUCGUCGGCGCCAAGUGCCUGGGGGCGGUGCCGAGGGACACGUCUAGUCCGCGACUGGGAGAUAAAAUAACCCUGCUGGUGGAUGGCAAGAGAUUUGUGGUGGAGCCCGAACUUUUUCGGCAGCAUCCAAAUACUAUGCUUGGAAGGAUGUUCACGUCUUCCAUUGAGCACAACUUCACACGUCCCAAUGAGCGUGGGGAGUAUGAGGUGGCUGAGGGCUUCUCUGCCUCAGUGUUCAGAGCCAUUCUGGAUUUCUAUCGGAAUGGCAUCAUCCGCUGUCCUCCAAAUGUCACAGUACAAGAGCUGAGGGAGGCCUGUGACUAUUUGCUCAUACCUUUCGACUCGAUGACAAUCAAGUGUCAAAACCUGCGUUCCCUGCUUCACGAGCUGUCUAAUGAGGGCGCCAGACAGCAGUUCCAGCUCUUCCUGGAGGACAUGAUCCUGCCUCUCAUGUGUGAAUGUGCUCAGCGUGGUGAUCGUGAGUGCCACAUCGUUGUGCUCUGUGAGGAUGAUAUCGUAGACUGGGACGAGGAGUAUCCCCCUCAGAUGGGAGAGGACAACCCUCAAAUCAUACACAGUGGGAAGAUGAAUCGGUUCUUCAAGUACAUAGAGAAUCGAGAGGUGGCCAAGACAGUGCUGAAGGAGCGCGGGCUGAAGAAGAUCAAGAUCGGCAUUGAGGGCUACCCAACGUAUAAGGAGAAGAUCAAGAGAAGGAGAGGGGGCAGACCUGAAGUGAUCUACAACUACGUUCAGAGGCCAUUCCUGCGCAUGUCCUGGGAGAAAGAGGAGGCCAAGAGUCGCCACGUGGACUUCCAGUGUGUCAAGUCCAAGUCGAUCACCAACAUCGCCGAGGCUUCGGCCGACCCCACCAUCGACCAGCCCCCGCCGACGCCGGCAGUGGUUCAACAUCAGGGUGCCGACGGGCAGCUGCACUUGAUCCCACCACAGCCCUCCCCCUCGGAGCCGUAUGUGGAUAUCAACCUGCUACCGGAGGGUGAGGUGGAUUGAUACGUGGGGCACGUGGUGUCGGAGGGCUGCUUCAAGCCACUGUGGAUGCUGUUUGGUUGCUGAUGGGGUUGGUGAUAUGGCAGAAUGGCUUGUUAGGGGUGAAAUAAGUGGAUGCUGCUUCGGUUUCUUUUAGGUUUCAUCUGGCUGUUCUUUUUUCUGUGCAUUUUUUAACAGAGAAAUGUUGAAUUUUAUUGUGUAAUCAGUGUAUUUUUGCAAUUUUAAAAGGAAAAUGAAUAUAAAAGGUGUUAUUUGAUUAACUUCCCUGAUAAAACACAUACUUUGAAAUGUAUUUGCAAUAGCAAGAAAUGGUUUAGACAAUUACUAAGCUCGUAAAAAGCAGCAUCCCCUGCCGAUAUUUGGUCUGUCUAACAUUCUUUGAUACACUUAUGUCAUGGAAUCACCCUCAUCAAUUUCGGACAAAAUGUUUGUUUCCACAGUUUUUACUGUAUCUUCCAUAGAAUUUUUCUUCUUACACAUAAAGAAGACAGAUUGAAAAACAUAUACAAUGUAUUAGGCCAUCUGAGGCAGAUUGGUGAAAGAAUUUUGUUGCCACCUGACUUCAGAAGCUUUACUAUGUCUUAUAAAAUAUUGUUUGUGGGUUUGUCAACGGAUACAUAUUUGGUCAUGAAAGAAUUUUUCCUGCAUAUUUAGCUUAAAUGUUAAGUUUGUUUUUUAGGUUGGCAAAUUUUAGCUUUUAUGUUUUCACACAUCAAGCUAUAAAGACCACUGCCAUCCAUAAAUUUAUUUUGUCUUGAACAGGAGAAAAUUAAAAAUGUUAUUAUUUAUUGGUAAAGUAAUUUCUCUAUGGUACAUGAUAUACUUGUAACAGUUCAGGAAAGCUAUGGUAUUCUUCUGGUCCGACUUUACUUUUUUUUUAAGAUUUUGUUUUUGUAAUGUUAAAGGGGUUGUUUAUCAAGCAGUAGUAUCACAAGUAUUUAGGUUUUAAUGUAAGUGAAAAAAGAAACUGGAGAAAAUUGCAAAUCAAUUAAAUUGAUGGUUGUUUUCAAAAGUAUUGCUCAAAAUGUAGAGAAUAGGCAUUAUGCUGCUGUAAAAAGGUAUAAUGUUUUACCUAAUCAAAAUAAUGUUUUGAUUGUGAACAUUAGCUGACUAUGUUUUAUUGGUGUAGAAAGUUUGGUAUUACUCAGCUGUUUUUUGUUGUUAAUAUUAAAUUAAUGUUGUUGUUGGUUUUCUUAGUAUUUUGUAGGUAGAUAGUUAUUUGAAUACGUUAGUAACCCAAAUUAAGCUUAGGUGUGUAUAUAUGUUAUGAGGUAUUUUUUCCCCAUUUAAAGAAGCAAACAAGAUAAAAUGCAUAUUGAAUUAAAGUAAUUUAGUCUUGGAGCUUUGCAAUUAAUCUAUUUUUUUACUUUUAAGACCCUAUGUGAAUAUUGUCUAAGAAUUUCUAUAGCAAAUCUUGUGUUUGUGCUUGGCUUGCCUAUAAAUCACUUUUCGCCAGUGUGUAACACUGACCUUAUAUUGACUCACAGCUUUUUAUCGAUGGAUGAGAUAUUUAGAUAUAUACUUUGUACAUAUAUGCAUACGGGUAGCAGUAUUAUAUGUAGAAAACUACCCUACAAGGGAGACUUUGGGGAACAUUUGAAAGGCUACAUGUGGAUUUUUCGAGAAGAGGUUGCAAGUGCUUCUAUAAUUUGAUUGCUUUGCUUUAUGAUAAUCACUUUUGUUAUUUGCACAAUUAUCAUAUUUGCCCAUGUGAAAUGUGUUUUAAAUGGUGAAUGACAGCAAUGGG